UGCUAGCAAAUAAUAUAUUCUUAGUGGAAAAUUCCCACAUACAAUUAUAUUAUUUCCUAACAACUUUAUGUCCAUUAGCAUUCUUUUCUUUUUCAGCUUCAUUCAUCAAUUCAGAGCACCACCAACCACCCUCAGAAGCUCCAAAACUGAUCAGACGUUCAAGAGAGUUUAGUGGCAUCUCAGUUAUACAUAUAUAAUGUCUCUCAUGGAAGGAGUACAACACUUAAGAAUUCCACUUGAAGACAUAAAGUUGGCCACCAAUAAUUUUGGCGAUGAUAAUUUCAUUGCAAGUGGUGGAUUUGGGAAAGUCUACUUAGGCGAACUCAUCCUAUCUGGACAGCCUAUCACGGUUGCUGUAAAGAGAUUGGAUCGAACAUUUGGACAAGGGGACCGAGAGUUCUUUAUGGAAAUUCAGAUGCUUUCUUGCUAUAAACACAAAAAUCUCAUAUCUCUUAUUGGGUUUUGUUACGAGGGUGCAGAAAGUAUCCUCGUGUAUGAGCAUGCAAAACAUGGAAGCCUUGACAAAUAUUUAAGUGACUCUAACCUAUCUUGGACACAACGUCUCCAAAUAAGCCUUGGUGCGGCAUGUGGCUUUAAUUACCUUCAUAAUGACGUGGGACAACAACACAGGGUCCUGCAUCGGGACAUAAAGAGUUCAAACAUUCUCUUAAAUGAGAAUUGGGAAGCGAAAAUCUCUGAUUUUGGAUUGUCAAAAAUAGGCCCAUCAAAUGUUGACUUAACUUUUCUUGUCACUAAUGCUUGUGGCACUGUCGGCUAUGUUGAUCCAGAAUAUGUAAGAAGCGGAAUUCUAACAAAGGAGUCUGAUGUGUAUUCAUUUGGCGUAGUGCUAUUUGAAAUCUUGUGUGGAAGGUUGGCACUUAUUAAAACAUAUCAAGAUGAACGUCGCGCUCUUUCUUCGUUGGCAAAAAUGUAUUGUGAAGACAACCGAUUAGAAGAGAUCAUUGAUCCCAAUCUCAUGAAUAAAGUGAAGGUAGCUUCGUUAAAGCAGUUCUCAAUGGUUGCAUAUCAAUGCUUGAGGGAAAAUCGAAGUGAACGCCCAACGAUGGGCUGGAUUGUUCAAAACCUUCAUAAGGCAUUGGAGCUUCAAGAUUCUAGCAAAGGAUUUAUUCGGGUAGGAACUUUGGGAAGAAGAAGUGAAGAUCCUCAAAAUAACUGGUCAUUUGAACUUGAGAAAGGCCAUAACCUUGUGAAGAUAACUAUUGACCAUGGUAAUGGAAUAUUCUCUCUUAUGUUCACUAGCGAAUCUAAAGGUGUUUUGCACGAUUCCGACAAGUGUGGUGGUUUGGCUGGUGGAGAAACAGUUUCCGAGGUAAUAUUUGAAGGUGAUGAGAAUGUAAUUGGCAUUAAUGGAACCAUUGGUUCUCGAGAUGGUUUUACAAUAAUUUCGUCAUUAUCCUUUCAGACAAACAAAAGGACCCAUGGACCUUUUGGUCGAGCAACAGAAAGCGUUUUCUCUAUACCAUGGGAAAAAGGGUCGUUAGUUGGGUUUUAUGGGCUUGCUAGUUAUUGCAUUGAUAGCAUUGGUAUAUAUGUUAAACCUAAUGAGGAAAUCAUAAGGGUUGGAACAUGGGGAAAAACUCACCCUGGAAGUCCACAAAAUGUUUGGUCGUUCCAACUUGAGAAAAAUCAACAUUUGAAGAAGAUAACCAUUAAGCACAGCGAUAGCAUAAUCUCUCUCAUCUUCACCACACAAUAUAGAAGCUUAACACACACCUCUGAAAGGGUUGGUCAUGAUUGGAUUGGUUAUAUUCCGGAUAGCGAACGAACCGUUUCUGAGGUAUUAUUUGAUUGGAACGAGGAAAUAAAUUCCAUCAAUGGAACAAUUGAUUUCUCAACGGGAUAUUGUCCUGGCUACAGAGUAAUAACGUCAAUAUCAUUUGUGACAAACAAAAAAACUCAUGGACCAUUUGGUAAAAAAAGAGGCGAGCUUUUCUCGGUAUCAUUUGAUAGUGGUUCUUUUGCUGGAUUUUACGGCCUUGCUGGCGCUUAUAUUGAUAGUAUUGGUAUCUAUUUAAGGACUCUCUAGUAUGAGCUGAGGAUUGAUGGGGAAAUAUCUUUUUGUUUUUGUUAGAUUUAUGGUGCAUGGUGUGUUUGUUAUUCGAGUCUUUGUUAACAUCUUUAUUGUUUUUAUAUUCUGAAUUUGAUAUUCAUGCA